CGGCUCCUCUGGCGGGGCCGCGAACCGGAGCGGCUCGAACUCGCGGGAGGGACCCGGAGGGGACCGGGAGGGGACCGGGAGGGGACCAAGAGGGGACCAGGAGGGACCAGGAGGGACCCGGAGGAGGACGAAGGGCAUCGAGGCUCCGCGGCGGCAGUGCCGCGAGAAGAGGAAGAAGGUGGAGGAGGGCAGGGGUAAGGAGGUCAUGACCCCCAGCGCGCGGACCCCCCACCGCCUCCCUCGUGCGGGACCCCUCCGUGACCUCUAACCCCCUGCGGAGGAGACGGCGGCCCGCCCCACGGGGGGCUCCUGCGAGCGACUCCGUCAACGCGCGUCACUCGCGGGCGGUGGGCACGCUCCCCCAAGUGCCUCGCUCUGGGCUGCGAUGGAGCACAUGGCGGAGGGAGACGCAGCGGCCCUGUCACACGACGGCAAGGCUGAGCCGCAGAGCGUGCCGAUUUCCGCUCUCAAACACAACGGGCUGCUCCAGAGCCUGGCUGUGGAGACAGAGCACACACCGCGAGCAGAGGAGAUGGAGGAUCUGAUCCAGGCUCAGAAUGAGUGGGCAGCAGUGGAAACGAUUCAGCCAGUGGCAGGAGCGGGGGCGGAGGCGCUCACUCAGACGCCUCCCAUCUCCUUCAGCGAGGCCCUGCACCACUUCCAGACGGCCGACCUCUCCCGCUACUCCAAGUUGAUUCAGCCCACGCUGCGUCGAGGGGGGCUCUCGGCCCUCGCACACUUCCUGUUCGGCCCCCCACGCCUCCGCCGGGAGCUGCAGGGAGAGCGAGACCUGGUGUUCACCAUGGCUCUGUGCCCACUGGAUCACAGCCAGGCCGUACAGACACGCAUCCUGCAGACCGUCUACCGCCAGCUCACGGGCUCCCGCCUCGACUGCCCACGCUUCGGCCCCCACUGGGAGGAGAUCGGCUUCCAGGGCAGUGACCCGGGCACCGACCUGCGUGGAGCGGGGCUGCUGGGUCUGAUGCAGCUGCUGUGUGCGCUCACGGAGCCCCACAGCCUGCCUCUCGCACGCGACCUCUACCGCCUCUCCCAGCACCACACACAGAACUUCCCAUUCUGCAUCAUGUCCAUCAACCUGAGCCGCAUUUGCCUGCAGGCUCUACGCGAGGAGUGCCUCACCAGGGAGUGUAACCGCCGGCUGCAGGUGGUGCCGGUGCUGAGCGACCUCUUUGCUGCGCUGCUGCUGCAGCUGCACCGCACGUGGAGGGAGCGCCACUGCACCAUCGCUGACUCCGGCGCCGUGCUGCAGGAAGUGGAGGUGGCCGCCAAGCGGUCCCCGAGGCAGCUGCUGCGCAAGCUGGAGCUCCACUUGAGCGGUGGCGCUACCGGCCCCACCGCUCCCGCCGGCCCCACCGGCCCCACCGCAGCCCAGACCCUCGGCUUCUCCUCCGUCUCCGACAUGGACGGCAGCCCCCACGGACGCGCGGACAGAAGCAAGGGGGGGCAUGCGGGGGGCAGGGGGCAGCAAUACAUCGUGGACGAGCGCACAGCGCCCUAAGGGAGGAGUGCAGGGCGGGGAGGGGGUCACGCGGUGGAGGGCGGAGGUCGCGGGCUGCUCUCGUUGGAGCCGGGCAACCCCACGGGGCCGCCCGGCUUCAUCCGGGUGGAGCGACCUCCACUCGGGCACGGGGUGUCGCGGUGCUGCUCCGGUGAUGAGCUCCGCUCAAGAGAAAGUUAAUGACAGGUGGCGGUGGUCGCUGGUGAUAGUGGGAGCGGUGGUAGUGGUAGGGGUUCAAGUUCAUUGUGUGUAGCUAAGAUGAGAAGGCGAGAGACCAGGGUAGGAGUAUCCCGCUUGCAAGAGUGACCCUGGUCACCAAAGUGACAUGAACAAAUAUAGUACGGCAAUGAAGCAAAUAUAAAUCGGGGUUAGUGGCGUUAGUUGAUAGUUGUGGCGGUAGUGAUGGCGAUAUUGGGGGGCGGCGGUAGUCAUUGCGCGUAGGGCGUUUUCCGGUUCGCUAAACACACGCGUGACGGUUACCAACGCACCGGUGUGAGAUGAAUUGGAGAUCCGGCCGCUCUUGACGUUUGCGUCGCCAAAGUCCGACAUGGCGGGGGAGGAGGUGCCGCUAACUUUGACGCCAGCUGCGGCCAGCGGCGCGCAGAGACGGACAUCGCCGACUCGGAGACUGGGAAACGCUUCGGGAAUAAUGAUCAAAAUCAGAUGUCUAACAGCUCACCCACCGGCGAUUCCAUGAAUUGCCGUCAUUAGGGUUAGGGGGUAGGAUGUAUGCUUGUUUUGUCUCGUUUGUACCGUCUCGUUUGUAUUGUUCAUACAAAAAAAGGUUUCUGGGUUAGAUCGCGUAAGUACAAAUGUGUUGUAACCCUCCACCACCCGACAGCCAAUUCGUAAGGGAUUUGUCGCGUAAACAAAACUCCAGUUAGUCACUGCUUCAUCCUACCGGUGUGUUGGAGAGUAAAUCCACAACAUUUACAAUUUGAGUACCGCGAUUUGGCAAAUCGCGAUGUAACCCAAAAACCUUUAUUAUUAUUAUUAAUAUUGGUGGCGAAAGCCUACUACGUGUUAAUCUCGUUUGUAUUGAUCGUCUCGUGCAUUAAAUCUUGUCCGUUAGCCUCAA